AUGGAGCUCAAGAUGGAAUCUGCUACUAGUACAAACCCUCAUUCAUUAAAAGCAUUCAUGGGACGCAGAAAAUGCCUGCUAUACAUGCUCACAGUCACUCUUUGUUACUUCAGUGUUUUUGAAUGCCUGCUCCAUACGCUUGCUGCCAUCGAAGUUCCACACCAGGUGCCGCAGGAGCGUCCAGCAAGAUUAGCUGAGCAACAGGCCUUAGCCUUGCAGGAAAAGAAUCGUUCAUACACCCUGUUGGAGGACAGUGAUGAUGAAGAAACCGGUAAAGCAACAGCAGGCCGAAGCUCAAAGCGUCAUCACCCCUCACAAGGUCCUGAGAGCAAGCAAAGGAAACGGCACAAACACCUGAGGCAGCGCAAGGAAGAAGAGGAAGACAAAGACUCUGAUGAGAAGCCUAGUGGAGAGGACACGGGACGGAUUCCAGAGGAGGAUUCAGAGGAUGAAUGGGACCGGAGUGAACGAGAGCGGCUGCAGGACUUGGAAGAACGUGAUGCUUUUGCGGAACGUGUGAAACGCAAGGACAAAGAGAAGACUCGCAAUAUCCUCGAACGAUCAGACAAGAAGUCCUGCUUUGCAAGGCCUUCAUUCCCAAUAUGGAAACAUGUGACUGACUCCUUUUCAAUCACUUUCAAAUCUCUGCUAUGCCAGCUCCAGAGUUCUCAUGUUUUGGCCUUUGGUGGUAUUUUCUUCCUCUUCUCAUACCUGAGAAAUAUACCUAAUACUUAUCUUAAGAUUUCAUUCAGUGAGAAUCAGCUGGAGAGGACAUUCCAAUACCCAUCAGAGAGUUCCCUACUGGAGGAGUUUGGGCCCCCAGAAGAGUCAGAGUCUUUGGUUAGCACAAACCCUCUUGGAGAUGAGGAAGAGGAAGAAGAGGAGUUGCUGCUGCUUCAUCGUGGCCUCCCUGGCCUGCUCAGGAGCAAACCACUUAUUGCACCAGAGGCUGAUUAUUUGGAAGCCUGUGUGGUAUCGGUGCUUCAGAUUCAUGUUACUCAGCCCCGAGGGGACAUCCUUGUGUUUCUUACAGGCCAGGAAGAAAUUGAAGCCUGCUGUGAGAUGUUACAAGAUCGUUGCCGGCGCUUGGGCUCUAAAAUUGCAGAACUUUUGGUCCUUCCAAUUUAUGCUAAUCUGCCCUCCGACAUGCAGGCCAAGAUCUUUGAACCAACCCCACCAGGGGCCCGGAAGGUUGUUGUGGCCACAAACAUAGCAGAGACAUCACUGACCAUCGAUGGCAUAAUUUACGUGAUUGACCCUGGGUUUUGCAAACAGAAGAGUUACAAUGCUCGCACGGGCAUGGAGUCCCUCAUUGUUACCCCCUGUUCUCGGGUAUCUGGUAUCAGUACUUUUACUUCCCCAUUCCCUUUCCCAUCUAAUCUAUCUCAUUUGCUGAACUUGAAUGUCUUCAAAGUUAUCUGGGUAGAAAGCGGUUACUCCAUGCAAUGGUGCUAUGAGAAUUUCAUCCAGUUUCGUUCUAUGAGGCGGGCUCGAGAUGUGCGAGAACAGCUGGAAGGGUUGAUGGAACGCAUUGAGGUGGAUAUUACUUCCACUGAAGGGGAUUACAUUCCUAUCCGCAAGGCUGUAACAGCCGGUUUCUUUUAUCACACUGCCCGGCUAACCCGCAGUGGUUACAAAACGGUCAAGCAUCAGCAGACAGUGUAUAUCCAUCCCAACAGCUCCUUGUUUGAAGAGCAGCCCCGCUGGAUCAUUUAUCAUGAACUGGUUUUCACCACUAAGGAAUUCAUGAGACAGGUGAUUGAAAUUGACAGUUCCUGGCUGCUGGAAGUGGCCCCUCACUACUACAAGGCCAAAGAACUGGAAGAUGCCUCAACCAAGAAACUCCCCAAGAAAUUGGGCAAGACACGAGAAGAGCUGGGAUAAAAGAAAAACUUGUCUUCAGUCCUGACCAUUCUGGUGCUGAAUAGCACCUUUGGACACUUUUUUGUAGAGCUGUAUAGUUUUGCUGUUACUCAGAGGCAUAAAAUAAACCCUUUUUUAAAAUAA